AUGGAAGCUGCGGGCUUCAGUCGCCAAAGCACUGUGAGGGAAAUUGAGGAGCGAGUGAUCCGGGCAGCUGGGUGCGACCUCCUGUGCCCAGUGGAUGGACGACGGGGAUCUGCCUUUGUCGACUCCAUCGUGGGCGUGGACAAUGUCGGUUCGGCAACGCAAAUGUUGAGCUACACCUGGGACUACACGAUUGCUGACAUCGUCGACGCACUGGCAGCAUUCUGCGGUGGCCACAUGCUUAAGCCGAACAGAACGUAUGUCUGGAUUUGUGCACUCUGUGUCAAUCAACAUCGAGUUCGGGAAGCCCGGGCAAAAAACCAGGUGGUUCCCUUCCACAAGUUCGCCGAAGAGUUCGGCAGUCGGGUGAAGGGCAUUCGCCACAUCUUGGCCCUGAUGGGACCCUGGCAUGAGCCAAGGUACAUUAACAGAGCUUGGUGCCUGUACGAGAUGGCCGUCGCCAUGAACAUCGAGGACUGCAGGCUCGAUGUUCUCAUGCCGCCACGUGAAGCGAAAGGCUUCGCCGAAGCAUUGAUGAACCACUGCGAUGCCCUGCAGGAGCUGCGAGCCAUCCUCUCCCGCGUGUGCGUUCUCCGCGCGGAAGCGUCCGUCGAAGCAGACAAGGCCAACAUCAUGCGCUGUGUAGAGGAUGGGGUUGGCCUCCACAAUCUGAACGAGCGACUUCGCCGAAACCUUCGCGUUUGGUUCUUGGCCCGUGCAGAGGAUGAGGCGACGGCCGCCGUGCGCUGCAUUGAGAAAGGUCUCUGCAACAGGCCACGCUGCGGCAUCCUUCAAGUGUCGAAUAUGCUCGCAGACCUGGGGCAGGUUGGUCGAGCAGUUCGGCUGCUUCUAGCUGCUCUGAAGGAAGCAAAGAAGAAAUGCUCCGCGGAGGCCAUUGUGGCCUUCAAUGCUGCGCUUGGCGCGCUGCUGCCACGUCAAGGCGAUCUAGCAGACGCGGCAUGUCACUUGCAUACUGCACAGCUGGCCUGGGAAAAGGAUCCACCCGCACAGACCUCGCUCGCCAUUGACAUGUCCACUUCUCUCGCCGCCGUGGCUCUGCAUCACGGGGACUCCGCCUUGGCUCUCCGCCACCUCACCGAAGCGCAUCGUUUGUUCCUGGUGCAUGGUGACGGCCAUCCGAAGCACGAGCUACCCUUGCUGCUGGACAUGGCCUUUGCACAAGCGGAUCUUGGAGACAUCCGUGCAGCAACGGCAAACUACCAGAAGGUUGUGGCGCUGCGUCUGACCCACUCGCUGUCUGUUUCGUGCGCAAGCAUUGGCCCGAUGCUAGUGUCGCAGCAGCCCCUCGACGAGGAGACAUGCCGGGCGCAGGCGCAGUUGGUCGAGCAGCUACACCUUGAGUCCAGCGCGUGGGGCAUGUACGUCUUUACCAUCCUGGCCUACAACAAGGCACAGCACGAGCUGCUCAGCGAGGCCCUCGAGCUUUGUGACAAAGUCUUGGCAUUGUGGUCGGGCUUGGACACUCCGUUUGUGGCAGACACGUUCGGGGUGAAGGCUUGCAUCCAGGAACAUCUUCUGAAUGCGGACGGCGCCAAAGAGUCAAGAGCAAAGGUGAUGCAAAUUCGUGAUGGGUUAGGCAUUCCUCGCACUUGCGAGCUGAUAGACAUGGACUUCUGCAAGCCAACGCGCACGUACAUGCAGGAGAAGUACGGUAGAGAGCUGGAAAAUCUCAUGGCGGGAAGAUCUCUGAGCUGCAUGGCGUCAUCGUGCAAGGGUGCCGAACCGGCGACCUCAAGCCCAACCAGUUGCUUUUCUUGCUUCUCCUUGCUCUCGGCAGCCUGCCUCAAGCGAUUGGUGGGCCCCAGGCUUUCGACCAAAGUUGAGACAACGCAUCCCCGCAAGCGAGGGGAUAGUUUCCGUGAGCGUCUGUUGAGCCUUGGUUCCUGUUCUGGCAUGCUUUGA